AUGGGCUCCAUUCUAAGUGCGGCAAGUACUACGGCUAAGUCUAUGGAUCAGCAUGAGACAUCUGGGACAUAUCCUAAUAAGAGGGUGAAGGUAUCUACUUAUGAGUAUGUGUCGAACCCAAGGAUUAUCCCGACUCUUCCUGACGAGCUCUCACUCCAGAUUCUGGCAAGGUUACCACGGAUCCAUUACCUUAAUUUGAAGAUGGUUUGCCGAGCUUGGAAGGCAGCAAUCAUCGGUUCUGAACUUUCUCAGCUGAGAAGAGAGCUUGGCGUAAGUGAAGAAUGGUUGUAUGUACUGACCAAAGUUGAGGCAAACAAGCUCCACUGGUAUGGCCUUGAUCCAGUGUUUCAGAAAUGGCAGAGGUUGCCACCGAUGCCUUCUUUUGUCAAUGAGGAGGAAUCCAAUAGGACGCCAUCUUCUGGGUUCCGGAUGUGGAAUGUCGUGGGAUCAAGCAUUAGGAUUGCUGAUUUUGUUAGGGGCUUGUUUUGGCGCAGGAACAGUUUGGACCAGAUGCCCUUUUGUGGUUGUUCAGUUGGUGUUGCUGAUGGUUACUUGUAUGUCAUUGGGGGUUUUUCCAAAGCUGUUGCCCUGAACUGCGUUUGGAGAUACGACCCUUUUCUCAAUUUGUGGCAGGAAGUGAGCCCAAUGAUCACAGGACGGGCUUUCUGCAAGGCAACAUUUUUGAAUGGCAAGUUAUAUGUAGUUGGUGGAGUCAGUAGGGGUCGGAAUGGUUUGCUUCCUCUGCGUUCAGCUGAGGCGUUUGAUCCCAAAACUGGAUUGUGGAGUGAGCUACCAGAAAUGCCUUUCGCAAAAGCACAGGUACUUCCCACAGCUUUCUUGGUCGAUGUGCUGAAGCCUAUCGCCACAGGAAUGGCACCCUACAACGGAAAGCUGUAUGUUCCUCAGAGCUUGUACUCAUGGCCAUUCUUUUUUGACAUUGGAGGUGAGAUCUAUGACCCAGAUCUGAAUGCUUGGUCAACGAUGCCUGAUGGUCUUGGCGACGGAUGGCCAGCAAGACAGGCAGGCACAAAAUUGGGUAUUGUGAUCGAUGACAAACUUUACACCCUGGAGCCUUCCAGCUCUUUGGACAGUGGUCAGAUAAAAAGAUACAACUCCGAAGAGGACACAUGGGUAACUAUCUCGCCACAAGUUCCGGUUAAUGAUUUCACUGAUGCAGAGGCCCCUUUUUUACUCGCCGGUCUCCGUGGAAGGCUCCAUGUUAUAACAAAGGCGGCGAACAACACUCUUCAAGUUAUGCAGGCUGUAGUACAUAAUAACUCGGAUAACGCAGUAUCUGAAGAAAAUGUGGUAUGGACCACUGUGGCUUCUAGGAACUUUGGGACGGCUGAGCUUGUCAGCUGCCAGGUUCUAGAUGUUUAA